UAACCCUCUCGCUUCGCUUGGAACACCUCCAAAACCCUACUUCCGCCUCCGCCUCCGUCUCCGCGGAUUCUUCGAGCUCCCGGCCAUGGCUGAACCCGAGGUGGUGGUUGCCGCAGGUGGGGAGGCGAUGGAAGCCGAGGCGGCGGAGCCGGCUGCGGCGAAUCCGAGUCAGAAGAGGGAGAGGGAGGAGGGGGAUGACUCCGCCGCCGGCGCUGCUGGCGAGGAGGCGGCGGAGGGAGCUGCGGCCAAGAAGCAGAAGGUGGAGGGGGAGGGGGAGGCGAAGGGAGCGGAGGAUGAGGCGAAGGGGGAGGAAGAGGAGGGCGCGAAGGAAGAGGAGGCGAAGCCGGUGAAGCUGGGACCCAAGGAGUUCGCCACGGGCGUCGAGAUGUUCGACUACUUCUUCGCCCUGCUCCACUCGUGGGCGCCGCAGCUCGAGAUCAACAAGUAUGAGCAUAUGGUGUUGGAAGACCUGCUGAAGAAAGGCCAUGCUGAGUCCGAUAGGAAAAUUGGAGCAGGAAUUGAAGCAUUUGAGAUCCGCAACCACCCGGUGUUUCAGAGCCGCUGUUUCUUCGUUCGACGAGUUGAUGGAUCCUCUGAUGAUUUCAGCUUCCGUAAGUGCGUUGACAGCAUACUUCCUCUCCCGGAGGACAUGAAGAUUGGCAAUAAGUCCAAUGGCAAGAAGGGUGGUGGCCACUUCAAGGGCGGUGGAGGUAGGGGAGGAGGACGAGGUGGUGGCCGAGGUGGCGGGCGUGGUUUCCGCGGUCGGGGUAGGAGAGGCAACUAAAGGACUCAAUAAAACCCCGAAAUUUUUUGCAUGCCUAAUACCAAUCCUUAAGAUUGAGGCAUUCAUGGCAACAUGUGCUUGUUUGUCUGCCUUCUCCUAGAGGGACUGAUGCUCCACUCACUUGUGUACUGUGAAAGUGCAACUAUGAUAAGAUCUCGCCGAUCUGUCUUCCCAUAUCUUCACCGCAUUCUGUUUGAGCGAUUUGUCUACUUGUCUUCACAUGGCAUAUUUUGUUUUGUUUGGUUUUGA